CGCAGUACAAGAUGUCCGUCUAUGGUCGCUAGAUUAGCGCUGGUAAAAAUUCAUAUUAAUUCACCUGAAUUAUUUAAAAUUCAACGUUCCGGAGAUGAGUCUUAAAAUCGACAUCAGCCUGUGCCGGGUUUGCUGCAAGUCGGAAGCAACCCAUUCGAUCUACAAGUACGCCAAAAAGUUCCUCUACUGCACUUCGAUUAAGGUGACGGAAAAUGAUGGACUUCCGGACAAGAUAUGCGAUCAGUGUCUGGAUCGAAUGGGAAUCGCUGUCGAAUUCAAAAAGAAGAGUGAAUUCUCUGACCGGCAGCUGAAAAGCUUCAUCGCCAAUGUAAACAACCAGUUCAUGGCCCUGGAGGGGUCAGGAAAUGACGAAGAUUCCGACGAUGAGGAGAGAGCCGAAAGACAGGAAAAGGAAACACCAAAUGAGGAUGAGACAUUUACUCCUAAGAAUAGCGUUUUGGGACAUGGCAACGAUACGAUUGAGCAGAGGCAGGCACAGGAGGAAUCUGCUCAAAUAGAACGGGAGCCCGAAGAGGCGGAGCUUUCGACGGCUUCCGAGCCAGGGUCGGAGCCGGAACCGGAAUCGGAACCGGAACAAGAGCAAGAGAAAUUUCGGGCAGUGGCGGUAAUACAGGAAAAGCCGGUCGUUAAGGCGGAAAAGAAUGUGUUUGAGAUGGUUGAAGUGGAGGACUACGAGGAAAACCUUCUCCAGCAGGAAGGAAUGGAAGUUGAAGAGCACGAAUCGGACCAGCAGAAUCAAUUGAUGGAUGAGUCGGAAGUCGGGGAAGAACAGGAGCAAGUAAUCUACAUAGGCUUCACAACUGAAUACCAUGAGGAAGAGGAGGACGCACAAAUUCCGGAAGAUGACGAAAUCUCUGUGAAGCGGGAUGACUUCUCGGAUGUAAGCGAAGUGGAUCAUUCCUAUCGGCAGCCAAAGUAUGCUACCUUGACUAGAUUGGACUCGUCCAUGUCUACGACUAAGUCCUCUCCAUCAGAAAGACCACGUAGCAAAUUUGAAUGCGUCGAAUGCGUGAAAUCGUUUUCCACCAAGACGAAUCUGAACCGCCAUCUACAGACUCAUAAUGGCAACAAGCCAUUCGCGUGCCCUUUGUGUCAAAAGGGUUUUACCCAGAGCGGAUCGCUCAAGCAGCACUUGCUUAUCCACCAAAACCUUCGGCCGUACGUGUGUACAAUAUGUGGUCAGGGAUUCACUCAGCAAAAAACUCUUACGUUCCACAUGCGGCGGCACACCAACGAGAAGCCGUUCGUUUGUCCGCACUGUUCUUACGCGUUCCGCCAGAAGGAUGGCCUGAAGCGGCAUGUGCUGGUAAAACACACGGAGAAGGAUGCCAAAAGCUUCCGCUGCGACGAGUGCGAGCACAUUUUUCAAUCAAGAUACGCUUUGUCCAUGCAUCGUAAGCGACAGGAGAGUGGCGUACACGGAAGCUGCCGCAGGAAGACCCCUGACGAAAGCGAGGUGAUCUUGAGCGUGGAGCUGAAAUCGGAGGUAGAGGAGCGUGUCGAGGCUGGUUGUGAAUAAUCAGAGCAGGGAAAAAUGGUAGGCCGCUGGAGUG